AUGAGCAAGAUCAUAGACAGCUUCAGAUUGAGAGAUAUCAUUAACUUUAGGGUCUUGUACAAAGCUCCCCUCUCGUACAAUUCACCUGGUGCAACAAUUAAUGUCUGUGGAACUUUGACACUCAAGUAUGACGAAGAAAUUCACAGCAGCUAUAAGAGUGCGAUAGGUAAAGAAUUGAAAGGCUUUUUACCGAAGUAUUCAGACCAAAAAAUUAUAGUGUACUUGCAAGGAGGUCCUGGGUUUCCAUGUAAUUCCCCGACCGAUAAAGAUGCGAUUAACACAGAAUUACUAGGCAAAGGCUAUCAAAUCUUUUACUUAGAUCAAAGAGGUACCGGAUACAGUACACCUAUUGAACCCGAGACUAUUCUCUCAUCUAAUGAUGUAGAAGCGCAAUUAAAUUAUAUUGUAAACUUUAGGGCUGACUCAAUUGUGGCAGAUGCGGAAUUGAUUAGAAAGGAUUUGCUUGGUAAUGGAAAAUGGUCUUUAAUUGGCCAAUCCUAUGGAGGGUUUUGUAUCUUCACGUACUUAUCCAAAUAUCCAGAUUCGGUAAAGGAAGCAAUUAUCACUGGUGGUGUACCCCCAGUUAAUUUUACAGUUGACGAUGUUUAUACUGCUACCUAUGAAAGAACUAGAGAAAGAAACGUCCACUAUUAUAAGAAAUAUCCCCAUGAUGCUAAUAAAGUGUUGAAAAUAGCUAGAUAUUUGGAUGAGAAUCAGGUAACUUUACCGAACGGAGGAAACCUUUCAGUAGAAAGAUUCCAAACGUUAGGUUUGAACUUCGGUGCAACUGGUGGAACUGAUGGUAUCCAUCAGAUUGUAUUGAAAUUUGACUAUGAAUUGGAAUAUUUUGGAAAACCAACUUACCAGACAUUAAAUCAAAUUCAACUGCAAUAUUCGUUUGAUACCAACAUCAUCUACGCACUUUUCCAAGAAGCUAUAUACUGCGAUGGAAACAACCCUUCAUUCGAAAGCUCCAAUUGGAGCGCUGAUAGAUUGAGAUACAUGACCAAGAAUGGCAACUAUGUGUAUUCCAAGAACACUCAUAAGUUGGGCAGUGAUUAUCCGUUGUACUUUACAGGCGAAAUGGUUUACAAAUCUAUGUAUGAAGACUAUUCAGAGUUAAGAAAGUUGAAGAAAUUAGCGUAUGCUCUCCAUAACUAUAAGGAAUGGAAUAAAUUGUAUGACGUUGAAGUGUUGGAAAACAUCACCUGGGAAAAAGUGCCAAUUGUUGCAUCCACUUAUGUAUACGAUCAAUACGUUGAUUUUGACAUAACCAGGAGAGUUAAGAAGGAAGUGUUCAAGGACAAUGGAAACUUGAGACAGUAUAUCACCAGUGAUUUCUUCCAUAAUGGACUUAGAGCUGACCCUAAAAGAGUGUUGGGAGCAUUGUUCGAUUUAUUGACCGAGGAAGUUGAUUAG